GGCGUCUUGUCGGGAUCUUUCCCUCCGAUAAGCACUUCUGGGUCCCCCCUUCCUAUCUAUCUGAACUAUUCCGUUUAUUUAGUUAGCGCCUAUCCGUGAUAAGCUUGGUGUCGGUGCGUAAACCAUCAAGGUACUUACUCACUUAUCCAUCUACCACCACGGGGGUUGCAUGGCUAACUGAUCCGACUCUCUUUCCAUCCUUCUCAUAAUUAGAGAGAGAGAGUUUACUUGCGUGUGUCAUUCAUUACAUUAACUGCUCGUUGUCGGUCAACACCCCUGCUUCGUAUUUAGAUAUUCAAUCCACGAUUUCUGCUAUUAUUCUUCUCAAUAUCAUCCCUAAGAAAGCAUGAGCAUGAGCAUGUUCAGCAGCUACUAUAUGCUCUUCUCUACAUUAGUGACCUUUCUUCUAUUCUUUAUAUCCCCCUUCGUUUAUGCUGUACAACCGACUGCGCCCAAGCCCAUCGAGGCUCCAUUGCGUGACCUGAAAUGGGGCCAGCUCAAUUUCCUUCACACCACAGAUACUCAUGGCUGGUUAGCUGGUCAUUUACAAGAACCCUCGUACUCCGCUGACUGGGGUGACUAUAUCUCCUUCGCUACCCGCAUGCGCGAGAAGGCAGAGUCUAUGGGUGUCGAUCUACUAGUCAUUGAUACCGGCGAUAGAGUGGAAGGAAAUGGACUUUACGACUCUUCAGACCCCAAAGGCAUCUACAUCUCUAAAAUUCUGCGAGAGCAGCAUAUCGACCUGAUGUCAUCGGGCAAUCAUGAGCUGUAUAAGGAAUCCACAGCAUCAGCUGAGUUCUUUACCACUGCACUCAAUUUCGCCGGACACUAUCUUGCAUCAAACAUCGACUUCUAUGACCCACGGACAAACGCUUUCAGGCCAUUGGCACCUCGCUUUACGAAGAUCGUCACCAAGCAAUUGGGCAUCCGCAUCGUGGCCUUUGGAUUUCUCUUCGACUUCAAAGGAAAUGCUAAUAACACUGUUGUGCGGCCUGUGAGGGAGACAAUAAAGGAGGCAUGGUUUCAGGAAGCUAUCAGGGACCAUGAGGUGGACCUCUUCUUGGUAAUCGGUCAUGCCCCUGUACAUUCGGAGGAGUAUUGGGACAUAUGGCGAGAAAUCAGAUCUCUUCGCUGGAGUACACCCAUCCAAUUCUUUGGCGGCCAUUACCACAUCCGUGACUACGCAAAGUAUGAUCGGAUGUCCUACGGCUUGGCCAGCGGUCGCUUCAUGGAAACGAUCGGUUUUAUGUCCAUUAGUGGCCUCCCGACCCACCGUCAGCCCGGACUGUCCGCCUUAGCGUCCUCCCUGUGGCCAUGGGACCGUUUCCAUUUCAAUCGGAAAUAUAUCGAUAAUAACUUAUUGUCAUUCUAUCAUCACACUGGCCUGAAUGAGACCACGUUCCCCACGGAACAUGGACAGAACGUUUCCCAACUCAUUGAGGAAUCCCGAAGCGCUCUCCAGCUGGACGAAGUGUACGGGUGUGCUCCUCGCGAUCUGUUUAUGUUUCAAGCGAAAUAUCCAGGUGAGGGUAAUAUUUAUACCUGGCUGGAGACUGAAGUGCUACCCGUAUCCGUGAGAGAUGAAUCUCGUGCUGGGAAGCCAGCCGUUGUUAUAGUCAACACCGGUGCCAUUCGCUUUGACAUCUUUAAGGGCUCUUUUACGAAGGAUAAUACAUAUAUUGUCUCCCCAUUCACAAGCGGCUUUCGUUAUGUGAAAGAUAUCCCUUACUCCCGAGCCUACCGUCUCGCCGAUGUGCUAAACCGGGGACCGGGAAUCAUGGCUGAGGGCGACCAAUUAGACAAUUUGACUUGGCAGCUUGCUCCCCCUGAGCAAUCAGCGUAUACCCGUGGUGUAUUUGGCAGCAGUGGUAGCCGAUCAAGCGCUGGCUUCCUUACCAACCAAGUCCCAUUCCUGAGUAGUGGAGAUGCUGAGCCUGACCUAAUUCCCGGAUACACUACCCAUGAUGAUGGAGGCAAAGAUGGCGAUGACACCAUUCACUCGCCGAUCGACUUCUUCCGGGUGCCGAAUGUUAUCAGGGGAACACCUCGUUGGGGUGCAUCUGAACCCCCGGAAAUAGUAGACCUGGUCUAUAUUGAUUUCAUCGAGUCUAACGUGGCUGCAGUGGCCCCAUACGCUGGUAUUGGUGCAGAUUUUUCUCGCGACAGCGACGUCUAUAUGCCAAAUACAACAUUGACCGGCUUGAUAGAGGACUGGAUAAAAGGAAACUGGCCCUGCGAGCAGGUAUGAGCGUUCACCGUGAAUCGCCUUUCAGUUGGUGGCUGGCGUAUACAUGCAAAUUGUGCAAUGACGGCCAAUUUCCUUAAAUGUGUUCUUACUCCCAGCGCACAAGCAAUGAAACUAG